AUGUCUCGACCUAAUACCUUUUCCAUCCAUCCUAUCAACAAGUUCAGCAACCUAGGUGCGGCAGUACGACGUCCACGUGAAAUCACCUGUUUCUCGUUCGACGAAGAUCACAAAUACAGACAAGACGAUUCCUCGUUACGAUACUACUACGCUCCACUUCUCCCAGCCGACCUAAACAAGGGCUUCGACAGCUUUCGCAAUCUAGAUGAUACAGCGGACGAUCACCUUGAUGGACUGCUACAGGCUCUAAUACACUACGAGGGCGAGAAGAAGGCCAAGCUAGAUACAGACUUCGUGACAUGGCGCGGCAUGAUGACCAAGAUCAUGAUUGUGCCAUUUUCGAACCUCGAUAGCUGGGAGAUGAAUGCAACCAUGUUUCAAGACACUAUCUUCAUUGAAGAGAACCAUGAUAAAAAACUAGACAAUCGCCAAGAACAGUAUGGUCAAGCUCCUGUUCGAGGAGCUAUGAGCCAGGAUCUUAUGAGCUAUUGGGGCUACAAGUUCGAGGCCAUCUCCUUACUCAAUCAGCAUUGGUGCUACACAGAUCGCAAAAACAUCGAAACCAGGGACGAUCUUCAGGUGAGCAACUACGCGCAAUACUGCUCCAUCGUCCGCACUGGCUUCGGAAAGUCGAAAGUCGUCAUUGGAGGAGAAGUCGACGCGGUCAAGGAUGUCAAGCCACCAGAACAAGGUGUACCAGUAAACUGGGUAGAGCUCAAGACCACCUCAGAACUCGUCAAUGAAAAGGAACAGACCAAGUAUGAGCGAAAGCUGCUCAAAUUUUGGGCACAAUCUUUCCUGCUUGGAGUGCCGAAGAUUAUUGUUGGCUUUCGAGACCAACAAGGCUGGUUACAGAGAUUGGAAGAGCUUGAUACACAGACCAUACCUGACAAGAUUCUGAAAUCUAGCCGUCGACUAUGGGACGGACAAAUUUGUAUUAAUUUUGCUAGCGUUUUUCUUGAGUGGUUGAAGAGUACAAUCACAACCGAAGGCGUUUGGCGAAUUAGGAAGCGAGAGAAAUCACCAGUGCUAGAGGUCUUCAAGCUGGAAGAAUCUGGUACUGGGAACAUUCUGUCAGAUCCCUUUAUUGAGUGGCGUACGACUAUCUUGCCUGGACUCCUGCCAGUACCAAAUGGUGAACCUGACUUGAAGGAGAAACCAAAGGACCUCCAUCGAAUAGCUGAUCCCCAGCCACCCUAA